AUGCAAAUUGCCACUACUCAGAAAGUCGUGAAUGCGCUCUCUCCUGCCCGCCGCGUCCCCGACAUGCGCCGCGCCGCAGUUAACACUAAUGUCACCGCCAACCCGGUCAGGCCGCUGAUGACGAGUGUGGUUAUUCGGCGUAAGAUUACGGUACUCGCUGCCGAGACCACUACGGAGGCGGAGGAUGAUGAGGAAGAGUUAUAUGAGGAGGUCGAGAAGCCUACGAUGGAGUUUGAAGAGCCGGCGUCGGAGAUCGAUGAGCCCGCGGACGACGACAUGGACAACACUUCGCUCAUGUUCAACGACAACAGCUUCGAUGACUCCGUCAGCCCCGAGCAGCAGACUUCGGCCAUGAACCUCUUCGGACGGAAGAUGGUCAGCAUGAAGCGGCUCGGUAUGGGGCUGCGCACUAACCGGGACUGUGAAGGAGUUUUAGCUUUUGUCGAAAGGCCACAUUCGGCGAAGGCUCCAGCUUCACGGCUGCCUGUUGUCAAGCCAAAAUCUGUUGUUGUCUCCGAGAAGACUACGAAACGACAGAUGACUACUUCGAAGACAACGUCAACAUCAUCAUCGAAUCGCGACGCCACGGCGUUAAAGCCACGCAAGCCGGUCGCUCCGGUGGUAGCUCUGCGCAAGACUCCGAACAAGCCAACCACUGUUGCCAAGUCGCUCCCGAAGCGGAACUUGGCUCCAGUUUCGUUGUCGAAGCGCAGAGUCAGCCGUGCGAACACGAAGAGGUCUGCAAGGAAGCCAGAUGCACAGGCAUCACGCAAGGCCAAGACUGUACUGAAGUCUGCCAUGCGCAAGCCCAACUCCCAGGCCGUCAAGAAGCACGUUUACUACGUUGAGGGACCCAUCGCGCCACGCUUCUACGACGUAGAAGAGACCGUCAAGCAGUCCGCUACUGCAGUUGAUGGGUCCACAGCGUCCUUUUCCUGGGAGCCACCGACGGGCCUUCUCCACUCUCAGCCACCCUCGCCAGGCAGAGGUGCAACUCAACUCUUUGAAGGCUCCAACAGUGGCGCUCUGACCAUCAAGCGACGCUUCCUCAACCGCUACGCCAGCGUCCAGCGGUACGAGGCGCGCCGCCGCCAAGAAGCGUUGGCUCGCAGCGAGCGACCAGCGCUGGGUCAGCUUGACUACGGCAACGCAGACUUCAGGAUCGCCUUGCAGGCCUCCAAUGUCAUCACCGCAGAUGACAUUGGCAUGAUGCAGGAUCUGAGCAACAUCGGCAAGGCUGGCAAGUUGUGGUGCGGUAAUCGGGCGAUGGAAACACCGGUGCUGGUUUUCGGGUCGUUCAAGGAGCCGUUCGAAGAUGCGGCUAUCCCGGCGAAGGGUGUCAAGGCGUACAAGAAGCCUUUGCGAUGGCCGACCACUGGGGUUGAGUCACGGUUAGAGAAGUUUGCGGACGAGCACCUGAAAUGUCUUCAGGGUGCCGAUUUGGUGAUCUGA